CUUACGAAAUCCUGGAAGUAGAAGUAUUCUGAGAACUGCACCAAGCCGAGCAGGCGAGCAGCGGACCUUCUGAGUAACGACAAUGGGGAAGAGGAGUUUGUCUUUCUUAUUAGCGAUCGUCAACCUCGUCUGCAUAUUAGGGCUUAGCAACGCGUAUGAAUCACCACAAUACACAGUCGUUCACUCGGAAUCGGAAUUUGAGAUCAGAUUAUAUACGGAUUCGGUUUGGAUGAGUGCUCCCGUUAAAGAAAUUUCCUUUCGAAAAGCAACCAGAGAUGGCUUCCACAGGUUGUUCCAGUACAUUGAAGGUGCAAAUUUGAACAAUUCUCGUGUACCAAUGACAGUUCCUGUGUUAACAAGCCUUGUCCCUGGAGCAGGACCCCUUGAUUCAUCAGCAUAUGUCGUGUAUUUCUACUUGCCAGAGAAGUUCCAAUCCACACCCCCUCUUCCUCUCCCUGAACUCAACCUUGUCCCCGAUUCAUGGACUUCCAGUUGCAAAGCAGUUCGCCAAUUUUCUGGUUUUGCAAGAGAUAACAACAUUGUGGAAGAAGCUGAGAAGUUAGCCACCAGUUUAAGCAAGUCUCCAUACUCUACUUCUUCUUCUAGUAGCUUUGCAUACUCAAUUGCACAAUAUAACUCUCCACUUAAGUUCUUUGGGCGAGUAAAUGAAGUCUGGGUGGAUGUUGAUGGCUGCAAAUCUACUGAGGUGGCUGCAUAUUGAAGCUUUUGGGUUUGCCAAACAUACAUUUAGCAGGUGCUACUUCUCAACUCUGGACAACCUUCAUCGAGAACAAGUACAACUUCAAUUUUCUUCUGCCUUUGAUUUCUUAUUCUUCUUUCUUAUUGCUGUAUUUUUUUCCAAAAUAAAAAGGUCGUAAUUAUUUUUACUUUGAAAUGUGUGUGCUCAAUCGAUAUUUGGUCGACGUGACAAAAACAUCACUCUGAUUUUAUUUACUCUAAUUUCAUUGUAAUUAAUGCAAUUCCUCUGUCAUCUUCUCAACAAAUAAGCUUUUUUUAGA